ACAUCCUCUCCACAAAUCUUUACUUCUUCCCUCAUCUCUCUCUACACUUAUCACCCUCCCCGCAUGCAUAUAUUUCUCAUACAUAAUUGAAGCUAAUCUACGGCAACCACGAAUAGUGUUAUCAAUUGUCGAAAAUCCUCAUGAAAACUGUUGCCUUCUUCUUCUACAUGCUUCUCUAGAUAAUUAAUUCCCUUGUAAAUUUGAUCUCUCCCUCUUAAAAUUGAGUAUUAUAAAUUACUCAAAUUUUGACAAUAGUUCUUCUUUCUAUUCCAUGGUUCCGCUCCUCUCAAUAUGUCUUCAAGCCAAGACCUCCGCUUCUUCCUCUCAAGGUGGUUUGGAAUAUUCCGACAAAGAUCAGUUCAACCAGACAACAGCGACGACAACGAUGACAACAACAACAACGACCCAAUCUCAAACUCCAUUGAAUGUUAUGCAUGCACUCAAGUUGGGGUCCCUGUUUUCCACUCCACUAGUUGUGACAGAGCUCACCAACCUGAAUGGGAAGCUUCAGCUGGUUCUUCACUAAUUCCAAUUCAAAACCGAACCGGCAAAACCCGGUCCAGCCGCCAUAACCGUCAUACACGUGUAUUAGACCCUCGAAGCAAGCGCGUGCAGAGAUGGAACAGAAUCAUAUUAUUGGCACGUGGCAUGGCGUUAGCCGUUGAUCCUCUUUUCUUUUACGCCUUAUCCAUUGGAGUUGGUGGAUCGCCGUGUUUGUACAUGGAUGGUGGACUUGCGGCUAUUGUUACGGUGAUUCGUACUUGCGUGGAUGCUGUGCAUCUGUUUCACUUGUGGUUGCAGUUUCGAUUGGCGUAUGUUUCGAGAGAGUCGUUGGUUGUUGGGUGUGGGAAACUCGUGUGGGAUGCGCGUGCGAUUGCUUCUCAUUAUGUUAGGUCCCUUAAAGGAUUCUGGUUCGAUGCUUUUGUCAUCCUUCCCGUUCCACAGGCUAUAUUUUGGCUGCUGGUUCCAAAACUAAUAAGAGAAGAGCAGAUAAAGCUUAUAAUGACGAUCCUUCUUCUAAUGUUCUUGUUCCAAUUCCUCCCCAAAGUCUAUCACAGCAUAAGCUUAAUGAGAAGGAUGCAAAAGGUUACGGGAUAUAUUUUUGGUACCAUCUGGUGGGGAUUUGGCCUUAAUCUCAUUGCUUAUUUUAUUGCUUCUCAUGUUGCUGGGGGAUGCUGGUAUGUUCUUGCAAUACAGAGAGUGGCAUCAUGUCUAAGGCAGCAGUGUGAGCGGAGCCGUUCGUGUAAUCUAUCUUUGUCAUGCUCAGAGGAGGUGUGUUAUCAGUUUUUAUUGCCAACAGGAACUGUUGGAGAUCUAUGUGGUGGAAACUCAACGACAGUGAUUAGAAAACCCUUGUGUUUGGAUGUCAAUGGACCAUUUCCAUUUGGGAUAUAUCAAUGGGCACUUCCUGUUGUUUCUAGCAGAUCCAUCACUGUGAAGAUUCUUUAUCCUAUCUUUUGGGGAUUGAUGACCCUUAGCACAUUUGGCAAUGACUUAGAACCCACAAGUCACUGGCUGGAAGUUAUUUUCAGUAUCUGCCUUGUGCUUAGUGGAUUAAUGCUCUUCACUUUGUUGAUUGGCAACAUCCAGGUGUUUUUACACGCGGUCAUGGCAAAGAAACGAAAGAUGCAAUUAAGGUGCAGAGAUAUGGAAUGGUGGAUGAAGAGGAGACAAUUGCCAUCACAAUUGAGACAAAGAGUUCGCCACUUUGAACACCAAAGAUGGGCUAUGAUGGGUGGAGAAGAUGAGAUGGAACUUGUAAAAGAUUUGCCAGAAGGACUUCGAAGGGACAUCAAACGCUUUCUUUGCCUUGAUCUUAUUAAAAAGGUUCCUCUGUUCCAUAGAUUGGAUGAGCUUAUUCUAGACAAUAUCUGUGAUCGCGUUAAGCCGCUGGUCUUCUCCAAAGAUGAGAAGAUCAUAAGAGAAGGAGAUCCAGUGCACCGGGUAGUAUUCAUUGUUCGUGGGCGAGUAAAAAGUAGCCAAAAUCUGAGUAAAGGAAUGGUAGCCAUGAGCAUACUUGAGCCUGGAGGCUUUUUUGGAGAUGAGCUUCUUUCCUGGUGCUUGCGUCGCCCCUUCAUUGACAGACUUCCAGCUUCUUCCGCAACCUUCACGUGCAUUGAAUCCACUGAAGCAUUUGGCUUAGAUGCAAACCAUCUUCGAUUUAUCACAGAUCACUUCCGAUACAAAUUUGCAAACGAGAGACUUAAGCGAACAGCAAGGUAUUAUUCCUCCAAUUGGAGAACUUGGGCUGCUGUGAAUAUACAGUUAGCUUGGCGUCGUUACAUGAUGAGGACUAGACGUCCAGUUAUACAUGUGGCGGAGAAUGGGGAUAAUGAUCGUCGCCUUCGAAAAUAUGCUGCAAUGUUCUUGUCGUUAAGGCCACAUGAUCAUCUUGAAUAGUGAUAAUAACUUUGAUUACCAAAUCCUCAUUUGUCAUAUUUUUCAUCAAUAAGCCAAAUUUGUACAACGACAUUGAUUCAUUGAACUUUAAUAUUUGAUAUAAAGGGGGUUAUUUUCUACUCAAAUAAA